AACGCACUUCAGUUGGAGGCAAAAGCAUAUAAAUCGUUAGAAUAAACAGACGCUAUUACUUCAUUUGAGUGGAUUGAAAUAACCGCUUACUUGAUAUUACUUUUCUAUAAAUUACGCCUACACUUUUGUUCAAUGUAAGCGAAUUAUUGUAAGUAAUUUCGUAAGAAUAAAAAUGUUCACUAUUUUGGUACUCUCCAUUCUUAUUUGCACCUUUAAAACUUGCUUCUGUGAAAUUGGAUGUAGAGACGAAGACAACAACCUAGUUGAUUGGUACUAUCUUUACAAAUUGCCUGAGGCUGCAGCAGAUCACCCGUCCAAGAACGCCACAUCGGGAUUGCAUUAUGCGUUUAUUACAUCGCAAAGCUCGACUGGUUGGCAAAUAUCCGAGAAAAAUAUUAACCAAAGUGAGAGCAUUCCUGGAAGAACGUUGGAACCAUUAUUUUUAGGCGAAAGUAAUGAAUUGUUGAAAAUUCUAUACAACGAUGAACCUCCCAAGGGCGAAACCGAUGGUACGAGAGGACACACGAAAGGUGUUGUUGCAACUGAUGGAACCACAGGAUUUUGGUUGAUCCAUUCCGUUCCGAAAUACCCACCAAUGCUGAACGAGUCUUACCAUUACCCCGACACAGGUAAACACUACGGACAAAGCUUUCUUUGCUUCAGUGUGGGGGUGGACCAGAUGGAAACCAUCGGGCAGCAGUUGAUUAUGAAUGAGCCGCACGUUUAUUCGUAUCACAUUCCGUCCGAAUGGGAAACUCGUUUCCCCAAGCUAACCCAGGCCACAGAAAUGAAACCGAUUACAACAUCGCCGUACUGGAAUGCAGUCAAUUUGAAAUCCAUUGGAGGUGUAGUCUUCCAUUCGUUUGCAAAAAGUCGUCAGUUCAAUAAGGAACUUUACGCUGAUUUCAUCGCACCCUCGUUACAGGCGGACUUGCUGGUGGAAACAUGGCAGCAUGGUGCCGGAAAUCUGCCAAGUGAUUGCCAAACAUCUCAGUGGAAAGUAAUGAACGUAAAGAGUGUGGAAGUUACAGAUAAUUUAAGAUUCACAACCAUGAAGGAUCACUCAAAAUGGGCUGUUUCUGUACCGGGGGAUCGCGACUUCAUUUGCGUUGGAGACAUCAAUCGGCAGGAGCAUCAGAAGGUUAGAGGUGGCGGAAGCGUCUGCAGUCAGAUAGAGAGCAUUGUUCAAACCUAUCGUGUAAUGGUGCAGGACGUUGAAAGUUGUCCAAAAAAUGCAGAUUGAAGGAGUUUUCAAAAAUUAGUUUGAUAGGAAUUUAGUUGAAAUAUGCGUGUACAAGAUCUCAUUUUGAAUUAGAAAAAUUGAUAUUAUUUUUUGUAUUUAAAUAAAGUUAAUACAUUGAAACAAAUUUCCAUAUAAAA